AUGUGCGGAGGUGCAGUUUUGGGGAUGAAAAUCAGGAGUUUUGUUUCUGUGUAUACUGGAUUUGUUAUGCUCACUAGACAUCAAAAUGGAGAUGCCAAACGGACAACUGGAGUCAAGGAAAUAAUUCUGGGACCUAUGAAUUUGGCAAUCAACAGCAGCGCAACAGUUUUUAAGACAUGUGAUUUGCAGUUCCUAGCCUCAGAUUACAGUGAGACAUACUACUCCACAAAAGGAGAGCAGAUCACCAAGCAUCCUCAGAUCAUGGAUCACUGUUUUUACCAAGGAUCCAUCAUACAUGAAUUUGAUUCUGCUGCCAGUAUCAGCACAUGUAACGGUCUGAGGGGGUUCUUCAGGGUGAGUGACCGAAGGUACCUUGUUGAACCAGUGAAAUAUUCAGAUGAAGGAGAACAUGUGGUGUUCAAAUAUAAACCCCAGAUGCAGCAACCUGCCAAUUAUUCUUGUACAGAGCUCAAUUUUACCAGGACAGCUGUUCCAAAUGACAAUGCUAAAUCCAUGGAAGACUCCAAAAUGGAAAGUAUGGAAAAAGAAAAGUAUAUUGAACUGUUCAUUGUUGCUGAUGAUAACAUGUAUCGCAAGAAUAAUCACCCUAACAAACUGAGGAAUCGAGUUUGGGGAAUGGUCAAUUUUGUCAACAUGAUUUAUAAAACCUUGGACAUUCAAGUGACAUUAGUUGGCCUUGAAAUAUGGACAAAUGGAGACAAAAUAGGUAUAGAUUCUAAAAUAGAAACUACCUUAUUACGUUUUUCGGCUUGGCAAGAAAUAAUCCUUUAAAAGAGGAAGAAUUUUGAUCAUGUUAUGUUACUGGGUAUUGGAAAGUGGCUCUAAGCACAUGCACAAGGAACUUCCUAUUCAGGGGGUAUAUGCCUGCCCUAUUAUUCCUCCAGUGUCGUUAAGGUGGGCUGAUCUUUGACCUGUGACCUAAAUGCCAUUGCAAGCAGAAUGGCACAUCAGUUGGGGCAUGACCUUGGGAUGCGGCAUGAUGAUUACCCAUGUACCUGUACUUUGGGAAAAUGCGUGAUGGAUAGUGAUGGAAGCAUUCCUGCACUAAAAUUCAGUAAAUGCAGCAAAACCCAGUACCAGCAAUAUCUCAAGGAUUACAAGCCAACGUGCAUGUUCAAUAUUCCAUUUUCUGAUAAGUUCAGUGAUUAUCUAUAUUGUGGAAACAAGAGGUUGGACGAUGGAGAAGAGUGUGAUUGUGGCCCUGUUCAGGAAUGCACUAAUCCUUGCUGUGAGGCACACAAAUGUAUGUUGAAGCCAGGAUUUAGUUGUGCAGAAGGAGAAUGCUGUGAAUCUUGACAGUUGAAAAAAGCAGCGUCUAUAUGCAGACCGGCAAAAGAUGAGUGUGAUUUUCCUGAGAUGUGUACUGGCCACUCUUCCGGGUGUCCUAAGGACCAAUUCCAAAUAAAUGGAUUUCCUUGCAAGAAUGCAAAAGGCUACUGCUUCAUGGGAAAUUGUCCCACCCGGGAUGAUCAGUGCUCUGAAGUGUUUGAUAAAGAGGCAAAAGACAGUUCUGAUAUCUGCUACAAGAUGAAUAAAAUUGGAAAUAAAUUUGGAUACUGCAAACACAAGAAACACGUAUUAAUUCCUUGUGAAGAAAAAGGUAUCAAAUGUGGAAAGAUAUUCUGCACAGGUGGGCAGCAUUCUUCUGUCCUUGGAGAAGAAAAGAUCUAUCACCUUAAGAAGCCUCUGAAGCAGAAUGCCACUGAAUGCAAAACUUUUUUUUUAUACCACGAUUCUAAGGAGUUUGGCCUGGUUGCUCCUGGAACAAAAUAUGGAGAUGGACUGGUGUGCAGCAAUGGUGAAUGUGUCACUACUGCACAGGCCUACAAUUCAACCAACUGCUCCUCUCAGUGCAAUGAAAAUUCUGUGGAUGAUGGUGAACUUGAGUGCCAGUGCGAGGCAGUACAGGCAUCUGUGGAAUGGGAGGAAACCUUAAAUGUUACCAAUAUCUCCAUCCUGGUGGUUGGGCUCAUCCUGGUUAUUAUUGGUGUUGUGGUUGUCAUAGUAUUAAUUCGUUACAAAAAAUGUAUUAAGUUGAAGCAAGUUCAAAGCCCACCGAGAGAAACCCUAGGAGUGGAGAAUAAAGGAUACUUUGGUGAUGAGCAGCAGACAAGGACUGAGACCAUCUUACCUGGUAUUCACCCCCUACAUUUACCCAUCAAAGGCCAGUUCUCAGCAAAAUUGUGGUUUGGAAAGCACUUCAAAAAGAGUAACUUCGCAGGGCACAUCUGCGUUACAAUAGUAAGUUCUGGAAAUCCUCACAGACCUCCAAGGUCCAAAGGGAUGUGCCUGGUUGUGGAAUUUCAGGCAUGCAGACAAUUAGAGACUCUAAGAUUUGGAAGUUAA